AUGUUACCGUUACCGACAGUGCUAAGCGGGAAGGGGCAGAGUCGACGCAGACUUCACCAACCCACUCGAACCUCUACUCACCGAAGCAGCCGGGAAAGCCACGUUGAUAACAUUGGACCUACGAUAGGAGAGCAGAUUGAUAGGCUGCAGAAACCCAAAGGCGCUGGCCAGUCGAACAAUGUUCAACAUUUCAUUGACGAGCUUCAAGAGAAGAUCGAUAAGCUCAAGCCUCUAGUUAGCGGGAUUGAUAAAUCUGCCGAAGGUUACAUGAAAGAUGAGGUCGGGUCCCUGAAAGACAAAGUUGCAGAUCUUAAAAGGCGCAUUGAGGAAAUUGAUAAGGCUAUUAAGGAAUUUGAUGAAGCUCUCCGCGGCGCAAUAACCGACGCCACGUUGGCCGUUAACACGGCACGCCAGACUUUGACUGACGGUAUUUCCGACUUACAAGAACAACUCACCAGUGAAGUCAAAACAGCCUUCAUAUCUGUCCACACCAAGGUAAAACAAAUGUUCUGCAAACAACAUCAAGAGGACUUAAAUGCCUUACACAGUUUAGUCGUGGCGCAAGAAGGGGAAAUAAAGAAGAUUAUUGAAGCUGAUAAGAAGAAUGGUCUUAAAGGUAUGCUUAACAAGUUGAAUACGCAUUUGAUGGAACAAAUUAAAGAACUUAAGCAUAUUCCGCGUUACACUUCCAGCAUCGAUCCUGCAAUGCAUUCUUCACUGAGCAAACUUGUCCUAAGGGUCAAGAUAGGCUUCAAAGAUUUUUUCCAAAUGUUCAGUGAACAAAGCGAUGUAAAGUCUCAGAAAGCGGAAAUUGAAAAGGUGUCGAGCUCUCUUGACAUAUUGCUCCAGCGCAUCAGAGAUUCCCAGCACUUUGAUUGCCUUGUUACCGAAAAGCGCUUGGAGUUUGAAAAUUCACUCAGGGGUUUUAAUCCCGACGUCAUGAACGAUGGACAGAAGAUAGUGCUGAGGCCUUUGAAAAAAGGGUUCAAUGAUUUUGUCACACACCUACGCAACGCAUAUGUCUCCAGAUAUUCUAGACAGACCAUCGAUUGGCAGAAACCAAAACAGACUCCAACAUCUACUACGUCUUCAACUGGCGCUCCAAAAUCGGUUCCCCUUCCAGCAUCCGCUGCAACUACGGUGUCUGUGCAACAAGAAAAGGAACCGUCGGAAGACGCCAUGAAAUGCGCCAAAAUAUGUGCUACAAUAAUCCCAAUCAUAGAGAGCCGGUUAACCAAUAUGAGAAAGCGCCGCCAUAACACCGGUUGGAGAACUAAGAAAUGUUUCGGCAACUUAGACGGCAGUCUACCUGCCUUCCUUGCUGAUUGUGACUACAGUGUUUGCGCUGUAGGAGACAAGCAGGAUGGCGAGGUGAGAAGAGAUUUGAAUGGUUCUUCCAUUUAUGAACUGCUUGAGACAGAGGUCAACGGUCAGACGUUGUUUAAUAAGAAUAACGGAAAGGGAUAUGAAAGCAAAACACUUUCUGAGCUGACCGGACACUUAAAAACAUAUUACACGACAUGCCACUUAACACUUCCACCUUCACCUAAAUACCCCUGCAGUGUACGUGAUAUGCUUACAUGGCUUACAGGUCUUCCUUACACUAGUGUCUACAGUCAAAUUAAUGGUUAUUGUAAAUCAUUGCUUGAUAAAGAUGAGUCGUAUAAGAAGGACAGCGUCAUCUUACCAAUGCUUGAACAUAACUUAUCCAGCUACAUAACCUCCACAACACAAAAGGCAUACGAUGUACUUGUUACCGUAUCCGGAAACGGUCACGGUGCCCCAACGUUGAUUACCCAUAUGCCUGUAACUUCCGUGACAACUCCCGAGGGUUCCAUUACCCAUCCGACGUAG